UCCCAUCCUUUCCUGCCCCUUCCUUUACGACCCCAAUCCCAGGAUGGCUCUGGUGGUGACCCCCUGGCAGGAGGAGCUUCCCGGGGGUCCCCCAGGGGUCCUUCCACAGCUGCCAGCCCCAGCCCCCCAGGAGCCCAGCGGGGGCAGCAGCGGGGAGGGCAAGGCGUCGGCGUCGGCCGUGGACUGCCUGGUGUGUGGGGACAAGGCCAGCGGGAAGCACUACGGACAGUUCACCUGCGAGGGCUGCAAGAGCUUCUUCAAGCGCUCUGUCCGCCGCAACCUCAGCUACACCUGCCGUGCCAGCCGCCAGUGCCCCGUCGACCAGCACCACCGCAACCAGUGCCAGCACUGCCGCCUCACCAAGUGCCUCAAGGUCGGCAUGCGCCGUGAAGCCGUGCAACGAGGGCGCAUGGCUCCCACACAGCCCAGCCCGGGCCAGUACCCCUUCACCAACGGGGACCCCUACAAUUGCCACUCCUACCUGACGGGCUUCAUCUCCCUCCUCCUCCGGGCAGAGCCCUACCCCACUUCCCGCUAUGGGGCCCAGUGCCUGCAGCCCAACAACAUCAUGGGCAUCGAGAACAUCUGCGAGCUGGCCGCCCGCCUCCUCUUCAGCGCCAUCGAGUGGGCCAAGAACAUCCCCUUCUUCCCGGACUUCCAGCUGGCCGACCAGGUCUGCCUUCUGCGCAUGACCUGGAGCGAGCUCUUUGUCCUCAACGCCGCCCAGUGCUCCAUGCCUCUCCACGUGGCUCCCCUCCUGGCUGCCGCCGGCCUACACGCCUCACCCAUGUCCGCCGACCGUGUGGUGGCCUUCAUGGACCACAUCCGCGUCUUCCAGGAGCAGGUGGAGAAGCUGAAGGCCCUGCACGUUGACUCGGCCGAGUACUCUUGCCUGAAGGCCAUUGUCCUCUUCACCCCAGAUGCGGUGGGGCUGACGGACUUGUGCCACGUGGAGAACGUCCAGGAGAAGUCCCAGUGUGCCUUGGAAGAGUACGUCCGGAACCAGUACCCCAACCAGCCCAGCCGCUUUGGGCGCCUCCUCCUGCGCCUCCCCUCCCUGCGCAUCGUCUCCGCCCCUGUGAUUGAGCAGCUGUUCUUUGUGCGCUUGGUAGGCAAGACCCCCAUUGAGACGCUGAUUCGAGACAUGCUCCUUUCGGGGUCCAGCUUCAACUGGCCCUACAUCUCCAUGCAGUGAAAGCAGCCGGGGGUUGGAGGCCGUGACUGCAGCCUUGUUGUUGCCUUUGCCCCCAAACUGGGCGGUGGGGGCCUUGUUGGUGUGCAGACAGCGGUGGGCUGUCACUCAGGGAGCCAGAGCGUCUCACCUGUGCUCCCUCCAAAAUGGCCGCCCUUGAGACAACCAGGAAAUGACAUCAAGGAGGCGGAGCUUGAGAGCGCUCCCCCAGUUUCUUCUAAUCCCAAGGGGGGUGGGAGUGACUUUGGAAAAGCAAUUCCCGCCCUUCCAUAUUUAUAUCGCAGACAAAACAAAAUAGCAGCCAUUUUCUUAAAAUGAGCUUGAUCCUCUGAUGGUUAUUUUUUAAAAAUGUGCUUUGUCUACAAGAAUGUCCUUGCCCCUCAAGGAAUUAUCCUGGAACGAGGGCAUUACGGAUUGAGAACCUGAGAUCUUUUGUUGUCCCAUUUCUAAGAGAUUUCUAUAGCUUCGUUGGUGGGUCUUCCUUGGGCCCACCUUCUCAACUGGUGAAUGUUUUCUUGUUAGUGUGUUGGCGACUAGAGGCCAAGGUGAACGGCCCGCCUAGGAGAAGGUUUGCAGUAGGUUGCGAUACAAACUUGGUGACGCGCAAAAACAUGUGUGGCUAGCUGAGCCACAAUCGUGCAAUGGCACCUCAAACAAUCUUUCACCUUCCCUUUUGCGUUUGUGCAUAAAUGUGUAAAGAGGGAGAAAAAGGGCUGGGGCAAUUGGGGGGAAAAAAGACUUGCCUCUUCAGAAUGAUCA